AUGGCACCAUCAGCCUCGGUUUCAAAGAGGCCGUACUCGUCAAUUCCUCAGAGCGAAAAUGAAAGUGUCGGGGUAGAGCAAGUCAAGACGGGCACGACACUUUUGCCGGAGCCUUUAUACACUCGAGAUCGAGACUACGCACCUUCAUUGUCACAACAGCAACAGCAAAAAAGCAAAUACACUCGAGCUGGUGGUGGUGGUGGUAGUGGUGGUGGUGAUGACGAGGCGAGCCAGGAGGAGUUUGAGUUGGAAACGCUCAACAACUUUGACUACGAAGUCGAAAUCGACGAAAGCGGGCUACAACAGCAACAAGAAGCAGAGUCAGGCAGCGACGGCACGUCCAACAUGAAAAUGGCAUUCAUGAACAUGACCAACUCGAUCUUGGGCGCCGGCAUAAUUGGCCAACCGCUAGCUUUCAGAAACAGCGGCUUCCUCGGUGGAAUCCUAGUGAUGAUCCUCCUCACUUUCUUGAUCGAUUGGACCUUGCGGCUUAUUGUCAAGAACCUGAUUCUAGCUCACCGCGCCAAGUCGUACCAAGAUACAGUGCACUAUUGUUUCGGCCUCUGGGGCAAGAUUGUGCUCUUGUUGGCAAUCAGCUCGUUUGCUUACGGUGGAUGCAUGGCGUUUUGCGUUAUCAUCGGUGACACCAUCCCGCAUGUGCUAGGGGCAUUUUUACCGAACCUGGUAACGCAAGGUUCAUUCGGCUGGUUUUUCCAGCGCAACGUGAUCAUCGUGGUGUUCACUAGCUGCAUCUCGUAUCCGCUAAGCUUGAACCGCGACAUUUCAAAGUUGGCCAAGGCGUCCGCGUUUGCAUUAGCGGGCAUGUUUGUGAUUGUGGUGUUGACAGUGGUGCGUGCUCCGUUCGUCUCGCCGAGUCAAAGAGGCGCAGUCCAUAGCUACGAAUGGGUUGUCAAUUACAAUAUCUUCCAAGGCAUCUCGGUGAUUUCCUUUGCCUUGGUAUGCCAUCACAACACCAUGUUUAUAUAUCAGUCGAUGCGUAAUGCGACAUUGGCGAAAUUCUCCAAGUUGACGCAUAUAUCGUGCUUGAUCUCGAUGAUUUUCUGUAUGAUCAUGGGCUUGAAUGGCUUUCUCAAUUUCGGCAAUUUGACCAAGGGCAACAUCUUGAACAACUUCAAGAGUAAUGAUAAUUGGAUCAACGUGGCUAGGCUAUGUUUUGGAUUGAACAUGUUGACCACGUUCCCCUUGGAGAUCUUUGUUGUGCGCGAUGUCUUGAAAGAUAUCUUGUUGGCGAGGAAAGUGAUACGAGAAGGAGCUGCCAGUGCAUCAGAUUUGGAGUUGAGCAAAAUGCAGCAUUUCGCCAUUACCACGUUGCUUGUUUUCACCUCGAUGAGCGUCAGUUUGUUCACGUGCAACUUGGGGAUGAUUUUGGAGUUGAUUGGCGCUACGUCCGCGAGCUUGAUGGCGUACAUCAUACCGCCAAUGUGCUACUACAAGUUAUCCUGGCUGCAGUUUGAUUGGGCUCAAGCGACGGCAAAGGAAAAGAAGAGGUUCACUAUCUUCAAAGCUUUGCCUAGUAUCGCGUGUAUCGCGUUCGGAUUCGCAGUGAUGUUUAUUUCCUCGGGCAUGACUAUACGGGACGCGAUGGAAAACAAGGAUAUCAGCGAUCAUUGUGUUGUUGAUUAG